UGUUCAGUUGAAUUUCAGCUGGCAAAUUGUGAACAGUUUGAAAAAAACUGCCUCUCAAAAUGUGGUUACGAGAUUUGGGUCUUCGACUCAGUUUCAUUCAGCUGAUGCUGUGCCUGCCCACCAUUUACACAAAUGUGCCCAACUAUCCCGAACGAUAUAACAGAAGGCCCGUAUCCCAGGACUUUAAUGCCGGAGGCUAUGGCCGAGGUUAUAUAGAAAACCGUCAGUUGACCUAUAAUCGCCCUGGACCAGCAAAUUUCCAAGAUCCCAGAAACGUUGAGGAGACACCGAAACGUCGCGAAUAUUUAAUUCGAUCCCAUGAAACGCCGUCCGAUAGAGGUCAGCACAAAUGCCGUAGUUGGGUGCCGACCGAUACGGUUGGGAAGUAUUCAUAUCCCAGUAUCAUCCAGGCGGAUCAAGCCAAACGGCUGUCUCUGAUCGAGGUUUGCUGCACUGGAUACUCAGCCAGUCGGCUGAUGGGCAUCACCGUCUGUCGGGCCCAAUGUGGCUGCCAGAAUGGAAGCUGCAAGAUUCCAGGAGAAUGCGAGUGCUACGAAGGAUUCGUGAGGAACGACAACGGCGACUGUGUGUUCGCCUGUCCGUUGGGCUGUCAAAAUGGACAGUGUUUCCUUGACGGCAGCUGCCAGUGUGAUCCGGGCUACAAGCUGGACGAGACCCGGCGAUUCUGUCGCCCCAUCUGUAGCACUGGAUGUGGCAACAGUCCGCGGCAUAAUUGUACCGAACCAGAGGUUUGUGGCUGCUCCAAGGGAUACCAGCUGACAGACGAUGGAUGCCAACCUGUCUGCGAACCGGACUGCGGUAUUGGUGGCCUGUGUAAGGACAAUAACUUGUGUGAUUGCGCUCCUGGCUACAACCUCAGGGAUGGCGUCUGUCAGGCCGAUUGUUACCAAAAGUGUAACAACGGAGUUUGCGUCAGCCGUAAUCGAUGCAUAUGCGAUCCGGGAUUUAGCUAUCACGAGCAAUCAACCAUGUGCGUUCCAGUAUAGGCACCCAAAAGUAUCGAAUUCUAAUGUACAGUUUUUUUUACUUAUCAAUGUAUUUUGAUCUCUACCUCUUUCUUUGCAAUUCUUUAAAAUAAUAGCAUUUCUUUAGAAACAAUUUUCUUAUCGCAAUAGAGAUUGAAAUACACAUUUUUGGUAUUCCGCCCAUCCGGCUCUGUUCUGAGAAAACAUUUUUAAAUAUAAUUUUAUUUAUUUAUCAGACGAAAACAUAUAAAUUCAUUAUUACUAAUGCUUUCUGAUUCACAUUUCACAUUUCA